CAUAUGUUAAGAAGCUGCAUGCAAAAUACCUUCAGAUACUGCUAACACAGCUACAUAUCGUAUACCACAGUACAAUGCUUUAAUGUAUAUCUGCAAGAGUAAGUGAGUGAGAGAAAAACAGGAAAAGGAUAUUAUUGGCUGUGAGCUUAGGGAGGGCUCCAACUUCACCCUGCAUCAUUCUCUGUAUCAAAACGCUGUGUGAACUUCUGAAGUGCAGCUCACUGCCUCCAGUUGGCUAUCGUUUGGCCCUGCCAGGAGAGGAGUCAUGUGGAAAUGUUGGAAUUUUGAAGAGCACCUACUGUGACACUCGAGUUCACAUCUUCCCAGUGUGCUGCCAUUCAGCAGAGCUGUCCCCAGCCAGCUUAUUGAUGGCUUCAUCAGGCACCAUCCUCCAGAGGGGCUACAGUCACACAGCCAGUGAGUGUCGAGCUAUGUUCAACCAAAGCGCCGCUGGCCAGCCUGCUGACGGUACUGGGUAGAGGGGAAACUGCUGCUCAAGGGAACGGGGCAAUUCGGAUUUUCUUGCCGAGCUCAAGCGCCAGGGAUAACGGUGCUCACAUUCCUGAGGCAGAACUUCCAACUGCUCGCUCAGCGGCGUGUACUGGAGAAGUUUCCUGGACUGUAUGAUUCCCGAUGGCUUCUUUUGGAAGAGUAGUUAGAUUUGUCAACCUUACGGACCCUUUCCUCGGAUGGCCAAAUUCAUCUGAUCAUAACCAUUCACACAACUACUACGCUCUGCUUUUCUCACCGCUGAUCUUUGCCAUCAUUUUUGGGAAUGUACUGGUGUGUCUGGCAGUGCUGAGAGAAAAAUCUUUGCAAACAACAACUAACUAUCUCGUUGUCAGCUUGGCAGUAGCAGACCUGCUCGUAGCAAUCUUGGUGAUGCCUUGGGUUGUGUACCUUGAGGUAGUAGGGGAUUGGAGCUUCAGUCGAACAAGCUGCAACAUUUUUGUGACACUGGAUGUCAUGAUGUGCACAGCAAGUAUUUUAAACCUUUGUGCUAUCAGUAUUGAUAGGUACACUGCUGUUGUGAUGCCAAUCCAAUAUAACACAAAUUACAGCUCCAGGAGACGGGUGACUAUAAUGAUUACUGCUGUGUGGAUAAUGUCAUUUGCAGUGUCUUGUCCUCUCUUGUUUGGUUUCAAUACAACAGAUGACCCCAGCUUAUGUUCUAUAUCCAAUCCAGAUUUUGUUGUGUAUUCAUCCAUCGUGUCCUUCUACUUACCAUUUUUUGUUACAUUGUCAGUUUAUGUACGUAUUUACAUUGUACUUAAAAAAAGAAGGAAACGCAUCACCUCGAGACAAAACAGCAUUAACAUGGCUACAGAAAGUGGCAUGCAGACCCAGGAAAGGAUAGAAAAUUUUCCCAGAAGUUUACAUGCAUUCGCUUGUUUGAGAUUUAACAAGCAAAGGGGACUUUCUUCAAACAACAAACUGCUAGCACCAGUUGAAGUAGCAAAUUAUUGCAGCAUGAGCCAUGCAACAUUUGCAAAAACAGACAAUGGGAUUGAGGAAUCAGAAAGAAAGAGCAUGUGUACCAUAAAACAUGCUUCUGAGGUGAAAAAGCUGUCCAGUGGAAAAACUACAACUUCACUGAGACCUGUAUUAAAACGCAGGAACCUGCAAAUGAGAGAAAGGAAAGCAACUCGGAUGUUGGUCAUUGUUCUUGGUAUAUUCCUGGUAUGCUGGCUGCCAUUUUUUAUCACACACAUAUUGAAGAUCCACUGUAAGCAAUGCCAUGUGUCAACAGAACUUUACAGUGCUACUACCUGGCUUGGAUAUGUCAACAGCGCAGUAAAUCCCAUCAUAUACACCACCUUCAACACUGAGUUCAGGAGAGCAUUCCUCAGGAUUUUAGCUUGCUAAGUGAAGUCUUUGAGACGUUACCAUUGGGAUUUGAAUGCUUACUUCCCCUUUCUCGCAGCCACCAGAAUAAACUGUUGCCAUAAAGGAACUCCACAGUCACAGUCUACUGAGAACAGUUCUAUUAAAAUUGUCUAAUCUUCAGAGCUGUUUUUCAUGGUUUUCAUGGUGUUGAGAAAGCUAGAGUCAAACACCAGAGUUCAGCAUACCAACCGGUAUAAAGAGAAUUCAAGGAAACCAGAACGUGGAUGAUAUCAAACAUAGGUCUUCAGAGUAAGGGAAUGAGUGUGGAAUAUUUAGUCAUUUAUAAACUCAGAGUUAGACAUUCAAAGAUCAAGUUUGCAGUCAUAGAGUGUUCAUUCUGACACAAUCUGUCUAUCUUCAGAAUGAGUGGAAAAGGAAAUAUCCAAAAGUCCAGGAUGUCAUAAAGUACCAAAAAAGGAGAGGGGUUGGGUAGAAUACUAAAACAGAUAAAGGAAAUCAUUUUGCUCUGAUCCAAAUUAUCGUUUAGGGAGCUGGGACUAUUUAAUCUCAGUUUCCAAAUCUGUUUUAAAAUGGCUGUAACAGAAAGAUCAUUUACAGCAAGGAAAUGGUGAUUAUCAUUUAACAUCUAUUGAUGAUAAGUGUACUUCUGUGACUAUUAAAUGGAGGUAGCACAUGAAUGCUCAGUGCUUAUGUUCAUACAUUGUUCAAAUGCCCAAGCCAUACACUAAUGUGAGGUGCCAUUUCAAGACAAGGGGUAAAGUUAACAGAAAAUGUUUGGGUUUGAUAUGUAAGUCAAACAGAUGUUCAGUUUGUAUUGUGCAUCAACAUGUAGCUGGGAGAUUUUACCCUCAAGGCUGGCCUGAGUAAUAAACAGGAAUUGACUGGCUUCCCUGAAAGAAUGCAGGAACAUGGCAAAGAAUGCAGAGGCCAAAAAUACAACUGUAUGGAGCUAGUUGUCAGGGCACAUGAGAUAUCUAUUCAUUUCCCUUCUGUCCCAACACCCCAGUGAUAAAAGACACCAAUAAAGGGAAGUGACAGCGAGGUAUGGAAAUGAAGAUGAUGAAGUCAAUAACAGUGGGACGGAGCUUGGCAAAAUAAAACUGGUGUCCAUGGAGGUCUUUACAUCAGAAUGGCUGGAGUGGCAUAAAUAUGUUGGAACUUAUGAAGAUUAAAACAAAAGGAUGGAUGAGGAGAACUUUGUAGAGUUUUGUCUUUUAUGCUCGAUAUCCAAGUAACAUUGGGAAAUAUGAGCUUUAUUUCCAAAGUUGUUAAGUGUUUUUAUCUCUGUGAAGUACAGUCUGAUUUUUUAAAUCCAUACUGAUGGUAUAAAGCAAUCUUUGGAUUUGUAUUAGUUUGAAAUAUACACAAUGCUUCUCCUUCCCAGCCUGAUUAAAAGUGUUUGUCUUGCAGCGAGUGCUAAGAUUUUUUUCUAUGUUUUGUAAAAGCUUUGAUGUUUAAA